ACUAGUUUAUUACUGUAUUAUAAUUAUGUUUUUUAUCAAUUCUCAAAAAUUUACGUAUCUAGUGCUAAAAUAUUAAAAUCGUGCAAUUUUUCGUCUCUAAAUUUAUGUUAUUACGUGCAUAUAAGUGUUUAAAAACUGCAACUCUACUUGUAAACGCUCAAAUCGACCACCAACUGAGAAGCCGAGGCGGAGUUUACAACAGCUACACAAUAGUAGUCUUUUAUCGAUUUCACCUAAACACACAUCAGCUGGGAACUGAAUUCGCGACGGCUUAGAUAAUGGAAGUGUCGGCCGAUCCAUAUGAGCAGAAACUAUAUCAAAUGUUCCAAAGCUGCGAUACAUCCCAGCAACACAACAAAGGUCUGCUCGAUGAAGCUUCACUCACGCGUCUUUGCCAACUGCUCCAGCUGCGUGAUCAAGGAUCGGCUCUAAUAUCCAGUCUUACCUCGAAUAGUAGCCCCAAACUGGGCGUAUCGUUUGAACAGUUCAAGGAGGCACUGCUUAAUUUUUUAGGUACGGAAUUUGACGGCUCAACAUCACGACCGGGAUUGGGAACAUCAUCUGGUUUGAAAGAGCGUUCCCUAGUCAUUAGUGACGAACCAACCAGCACAUAUGUUGAGAGUCCACCAGAGGCCGAGGCGUCCGAUCGUGAGGUAUCACCUAAGCUAAUAGUGGGCACCAAGAAAUACGGACGACGUUCAAGACCGCAACAAGAUCUUGGUCUCAAUGCGCUUUCGGCUACGGAUUCCGACAAUACCGAUGAAGAUCCGCACCGAAGUCUCAAUGGCUGUAACGAACAGUUAGCGCAAGUGCAACGUUCAUCAUCGCAAAGCGAUCUGCCAGGCAGCCGGCGUAUGCGUUCCAUCCACACAAGUGGCAGCAAGCUUAAACGCUGUGCCUCGUUACCAGCGCGCAAGAAUCUUCAAUUUAAAAUGCUGCCUUCCACGACAAUAACAACGAAAUCGACAACAGUCGCCACUCAGGUUGGCAAUAAUAGAUGUAGUAGUAGUAAUCGAAGUAAUCUUCGAGAGGCGAAUCAAGAAUGUAGUAGCGUGGAAUCGUUGGGGCAUCAUCAGUCAGCACGGUUAGAGCACUGCAGCGCCGGAUGCCGUUUGAGUUGCAAAGAUAUUGUGACUCCACAGCAACUGGAGAGCGUAAGUGCGCACAGUAUUAUUGAGAGCUGGGAAAUGUCAAGUAUUGUCAACAGUCACGGAUUGUUGCACGCCCUGGGCUUUGAUGAAGAGGAGGUGAACCUCAGUCAGCUGACCAAAGUGCUGGAAGAGGAAUUGCGUGGCCUAGAGAUGGAUCCGCAAACGAAUAUGUUACGUGCCUUGGUAUCCCUGCAGUCAAUGGAGUUGGGAUCAGUGCGUCAGGCAUUCCGGCAGCAGCACGAGGAGAAUCUCAAGCUGCGAGCGGAUAACAAGGCGGCCAAUCAGCGUGUGGCAAUGCUGGCCGCCGAGGUGGAUGAGCGUCAUGCCAUGAUGGAGGACAAUUGCAAGCAGCAGGUGCUUCAGCUGGAGCAGAAACAUGCGAGUAUGGUACGCGAAUUUACGCAGCGCAUGAGCAACGAUCGUGACCAUUGGACGAGCAUGACGGCCAAGCUAGAAGCGCAAAUUAAAACCCUAGAGCAGGAGGAGAUUAAACUAAAGACCGAACUGGAGCUGGUGCGUAACGAGAACUCCGAACUGGAGAUGGAACAGCAAAAUGCACAGCUGCAAAUGACUGAAUUGCUGGAACAAAAUAUUAAAUUGAAUCAGGAUCUGGCCAGUUGUGAGCUUGUGCAGCCGCUGAACAAGCCAGAGGAGAGCGUUAGCAAGGAUAAGAUCUCGGAAGAUGAUGACAUGUUGCAUGUGAUUGAGAAAAUGACGGCAUUGCAAAUGGAGAACGCACAAUUGCGUGACAAAACCGAUGAGCUUACCAUGGAAAUUGAGAAUUUAUGUGUUGACUUGGCGCGCACAAAGUCUAGGCAAAAAAAGAAACAAGAUUACGAUGAGCUGGAGGCGGUAUCGGUGGGAUUGGCCACCAAGCGGCGUGGAGACUCGCCAAGCAAGACGCACAUAACCGAGGAAAGUCCGCGUCUGGGCAAACAGCGCAAGUGCUCGGAAGAUGGCGAGGUGAGCGACAAUAGCGGAGAUUGGUUGGCACUCAAUUCCGAGCUGCAACGCUGUAAAAGCCAUGAGGAGGAGAUUGCCAACUUGCGACAGAGUGUCGCACAGUUGGAACAGCAAUUGCAGGCAGCAACGCCAAAGGCAGCAGUGGCAAGUGGAAGUGGGAAUGACAGUCGUGCCACCACGCCGGAGACACGCUGUAAGGAGCUGGAAAGCAGUCUGGAGCAAAUGCAGCGGGCGUACGAAGAUUGCGAGGACUACUGGCAAUCGAAACUCAGCGAGGAACGACAAAUGUUUGAGAAGGAGCGACACAUCUAUGAGGAUGAGCAGCUGGAGAGCGACAAGAAGUUCACCGAACUAAUGGAAAAGGUGCGCGAAUACGAGGAGCAGUUCAGCAAGGAUGGACGACUGUCGCCCAUCGACGAGCGCGAUAUGCUGGAGCAGCAGUACAUGGAACUCGAAGAAGAGGCCACCACACUGCGCACCAAUUCCAUACGCAUGCUGGAGGAAAAAUCACAGCAAAUUAGUCAAUUGCAAUGCGAGGUUGAGGAUCUGCGCACGCGUCUCGGCGAGAGUGUGGAAAUACUCACGGGUGCCAGCGAGAUUAAUCCCGAUGCACUGCAUCAGAUCAAUGUGCAGGUCGGCCAGAGUCCGGCCAGUUCACCCAUUAGCUAUCUAUGGCACCAAAGCACCAUCCAAGAACCCAUCAAAUCCUUUGAUGGCGCCACAGAGGAAAGUAAUGCUAACAACAUGGCUUUGCUUGCUGGAUCUCCCACACACAAAGCCACCAGCCGAAACAAUCUUACCACAUCGGAGACCUCCAUCUUUAGUACUACACCGCUAGAUAGUUCAUCGUCGGGUCCAUCGCCCACAAACAUCGAUACAACAUAUGCCUCAUCCGCGUGUCCGCCUCCGCCCAUUUGUAAGCCCAAGCAGACGCAGUCGGAGGGUGAGAUUGCGGAUUGUGAGACCUCAUCAACAGCAUCGAACAAGAGCUUUGAUUCGCACAGUCUUGUGUCGACCAGCAAAACAUCUUGCCUCAGCAACGAGAAGUGCAACAGUCCAAGCCUUUUAAAGGAGGAGCUGAAGCGCCUCAAGUUCUUCGAGCUCUCACUCAAGGAGCAGAUUAAGGACUUGAGCCUGCAACGUGACGGUUUGGUAAUGGAACUGCAACAGUUGCAGGAGGCGCGUCCCGUGCUCGAGAAGGCUUAUGCGCGAACAACGCAUCCGACGCUGCAGCAACGACUUAACCAACUAGAAUUGCGUAAUCGUCAUUUGCAAAAUGUGAUCAAGCAGCAACAAAAAUACACCGAGUCCCUGAUGCAGCAAUCCUGGCGACAGCAUCAAGUGGAUCUCAAUGAUUUGCAUGGUCGGAUAGAAGCGCAGACAGUUAUGCUAGCGGAUCAGACUCAACGUCUGCAGAAUGCUGACAUUCUUGUCAAGGAAUUAUAUGUGGAGAAUUCACAUUUGACAGCCACCGUUCAACGACUUGAACAGCAAAGAGCACGCGUCAACCUCAUACAUCAACAGCAGCAACAGCAGCAGCAUCUUGUUGGAGGCACCUUGACUGGCCUAUCAGGAAUGCCUUGAAAAGCACAGUAGAAAAAAUUAAAAUAAAAAAAAAAGUUGAAAAGAAAAGAACAAAAAACAAUAAGAGCACAACGAAGUCAAAUAUGUACCAAUAUACUCGACAUUAUUGUUGGCCAGAUAUUGUUAUACUAUAUACAAAUUUAUUUUACAUAAUGUUUAAUCGUCUUAUGUGCGUGUCUUGUGAAUUUUUGUUAUUGAUAUGACUAAAUGUUGUUCGCACGACAAAGCAA